UUGUCGAGGCUCGUGCUAUAAUUUAUGCCUGGGCAGCUUGUAUAAAAACUUGCAUAACUUUUGCUUCUGUAAUUAAUUUGGUUUAGGUGGGAAGUAGCAGCGGAAAAAUUGAUAUAGAUGAUGGUUCUGCCCACAAUUUUUGAGCUAGCAACCUCACUCGUACACUAGCACCAUUAGAGAAUCUACAGUCGGGCAUCCCAUACCGCCGUUCAACGCCCGAGUGGACGACUCGGCCAGUGACCGGUAAAAAAACCCGACCUAGACAGGCACCUCAAACGGGUCUGAAACGCCGGGCUGACCGGCACCCCUCAUAUCCAGCCCAAGUCUGAAGUGGACAUGAGGAAGCCCAGGCACGUUCGUCACGUCGGACUGACAAUAAGGUCCCCCAGAAAAACACUUCAAUUUCUGGCGGUCCAAAACUCAUCUCCACUAUCGAAUCAACGGCACCAUUCCGGCGCGACGCGUAGUUCCCUAACCCGGCUAUUUAAGCCGACCAUCGGCACCUAUGUCCGUCUAUAUUUCAUCCUUCCCGUCCGUCACCGCCGCCACUUUUCACUCGCGGUCCGCCACCAGCCAUGCCACCACUAGCACACAACGACAAAGGCAUACUGAACAAUGAACAAGCGAGUGGGUUGCGCAGCUGAGUGACAACGGGUCGAUCCGAUAGGAUGACGAGAAACCCCAAUCUCUACACGCAGAUCCACCGGCGAAGCGUACGUUUCACUCCUCACCCAACGCUGCCGAAAUCGACCUUCCAAGAACAGCGUGCCCGGAUCACCGAUCGACCGCGAGCACUCCGUCGGCUGCGCCUGUUUGACGCGGCGAUGAGUUCGGAGGCGCACCAGCUGCGGCAGCCGCACGCGGUGCUGAUCCCGCAGCCGGCGCAGGGCCACGUCACGCCGAUGCUGCACCUCGCCAAGGCGCUGCACGCCCGGGGCUUCCGCAUCACCUUCGUCAACUCCGAGUACAACCGCCGCCGCCUGCUCCGGUCCCGCGGCCCCGGCUCGCUGGACGGCGCCGACGGCUUCCGCUUCGAGGCCGUCCCGGACGGCCUGCCGCCGUCCGACGACCACGGCGACGACGUCACGCAGGACAUCGCCGCGCUCUGCCUGUCAACCAUCAAGCACAGCGCCGCCCCGUUCAGGGAGCUGCUGGCCAGGCUUAACAACAGCACGCCGGUGAGCUGCGUCAUAGCCGACGGCGUCAUGAGCUUCGCGCAGAGGGUCGCCGAGGAGUUGGGCAUCCCGGCCUUGGUGUUCUGGACUACGAGCGCCUGUGGCUUCAUGGGUUACCUCCACUUCGCCGAGCUCAUUAGAAGAGGCUAUGUGCCACUCAAAGAUGAGAGUGACCUGACUAAUGGGUACCUGGACACUCCAAUCGACUGGAUCCCCGGAAUGGAAGGCAUCCGUCUGAAAGACAUACCCAGCUUCAUCAGAACGACCGACCCGGACGACGUGAUGCUCAACUUCGACGGCGGCGAGGCGCAGAACGCGCGCGGCGCCCGCGGGCUCAUCCUCAACACGUACGACGCGCUGGAGCAGGACGUCGUCGACGCGCUCCGCCGCACGUUCCCGCGCCUGUACACCGUCGGCCCGCUGGCCAAAGCCGCCGCGGGAGGCGCCGAGACCGAGCUCGACGCGAUCGGCGGGAACCUCUGGAAGGAAGACACGAGCUGCCUCCGCUGGCUGGACGCCCAGCGGCAGCCCGGGUCGGUGGUGUACGUCAACUUCGGCAGCAUCACGGUGGUGACCGCGGCGCAGCUCGCGGAGUUCGCGUGGGGGCUGGCGAGCUGCGGCCGGCCGUUCCUGUGGGUCGUCCGGCCAGACCUCGUGGCCGGCGAGAAGGCCGUGCUUCCGGAGGGGUUCGUCCGGGAGACCAAGGACAGGGGAGUCCUGGCGAGCUGGUGCCCGCAGGAGCGCGUCCUCUCGCACCCGUCGGUGGGGCUGUUCCUGACGCACUGCGGGUGGAACUCGACGCUGGAGAGCGUGUGCGCCGGCGUGCCGAUGGUCUGCUGGCCCUUCUUCGCCGAGCAGCCAACCAACUGCCGGUACGCGUGCGCCAAGUGGGGCAUCGGGAUGGAGAUCGGUGGCGACGUGGCGAGGGAGGAGGUGGCGCGGCUGGUGCGCGAGGCCAUGGACGGCGAGAGGGGCAAGGCGAUGAGAGCGAGCGCGACGGCGUGGAAGGAAAGCGCCAGGGCAGCGACGGGGGCAGGUGGCUCGUCGAGCGAGAACAUGGAUCGGCUGGUCGAGUUCUUGCGUGCCGGGUGUGAUGGUGCUACCUGAAUGAGUUAUACGGGUGUGUUUGGUAGCAUGCAUGGACCUAGUCUAGUUGUUCUUCUCUGAUACAUGUUGAACGUAGACAUGCUCAGUUCAUGUAUACUAGAUCGUUAUCACGCCUUGGCGCGAGGGUGCCGGUCCAACCGACAUGACCAAGCGAUGGAAGAUCAAACCACAUGAUGCAUUAGCAAAAAGCAUUAGUAGGAACGCA